UAACUAAAGCUAUUGUUAUUGACCAGCGAAAACUACCAGAGUGAGAGUGACGUCAUUUAUUGACAAAAACACCCACAGAACAAGAUGUCUUACGGAAAACGUCCGAAAAACCCUUUCGAUGAUGAUGAUAAAGACUUCGUUUUUGUGCCGUCUGGAUCAUCUCGAUCCGGAGGGAAUAAAUAUGGCGAUUUUGGUUAUGAAGAGGAGGAAAAUGACCAAUACGGGGACCCAAAUGCCGGUGCAAUGUCCAUACAAAGUCAAAUUGAAGAAAGACAACAAAAUAUGUUGUACUCAUUGUACAGCACACAACGUUCAUUGGGUUUGGUGUACGAGUCGGAAGAUGUAGGAAAUGAAACAGCUCACGACAUUGACAUGGCUUGCUCAUUCAAUGUAAUUACUGGUUCUGCAUGUGGAAGCCACCCUAGAACGCCUGUUGAUGACCACACAGUUGUUGCACUAAACACAUGUAGGAGAGACAUCAAGGCACAUUUAAAGCUGGUACAAAUACCAACAAGUGGACUUGGAUCUGAAUUUGAGUUGAUUUUAGCACGAGUUGGCAUAUUUGAGCCCCAUGCAUCAGUGGACUUAACUAUAUGCCCUUUACACAGGGGCAACUUGGGCAUUCAUUGGAAGACAGCUGCAAGGCGAUGUCAGGGGCCGAUUUCACUAAACUUUAAAUCAAUCGCAAACAGCCAAUAUCCAUCGUAAAUCACGGAAUCAGUCGCAAGUUUGCGACGGAUUUUAAAAACUGAUUUCACUAAAGUCGGACGUUUUGAAAUCCAUCGCAAGCCCGUCGCAAGCCCGUCGCAAGUCUUGAUAAUUUGCGAUUGAGUUUUGCGGGCGCUCUUGAGUAGACGCAAAACUCAAAUCCAUCGUAAACUCAAAAUGGCGUUGCAUCUGCUGUAUGUUAACAAUGCUCGUGUUCUCCAAAGAGAACGGAUUUUCCGAGACAGAACGAAUCCUCUAGAUGACUACAACGACAAAAGGAUGCAUAAGUAUUAUCGGUUUACGAGAAAUGGGGUGAUGCGGGUGAUAGACAUCUUAGAGCCAUUUUUACAGCCCGAAACGCAACGGAGCCAUGCGAUCCCGGCAAAUGUGCAAGUGUUCGUCGCACUUCGCUUUUACGCAACGGGGUGUUUCUACUCGACAACUUCUGCUCACCAUGGGAUCUCCGAAGCAAGUGUAUGUAGGAUCGUCUACAGAGUGACUGAUAUCUUGGUGAGGAUGAGAGUCGAUUAUAUUAAAUGGCCUGCAGCAGCAGCGGAUGUUGCAAAAACCCAGUGGGGGUUCCACAACCUCUGUGGGUUCCCGGGGGUGGUUGGUGCAGUGGAUUGCACACACGUUCCCCUCGACGCCUGCCCACUAGGACAAAACGAAUUUACAUAUGUAAAUAGGAAGGGUGUACACAGCCUAAAUGUCCAGCUGAUAUGUGACACCAGCUAUAGAAUCAACAACGUUGUCGCGAACUGGCCUGGGUCAGUUCACGACAGCCGGAUCCUCACCCGCAGCGAAAUUGCCCAGAUGUUCAGAAGAGGAGAUCUUCAGGGCAUUCUCCUGGGAGACUCCGGCUACCCGCAACUGGAGUGGCUGAUGACCCCCUUCUGGCAACCAGCAACUGCCAGAGAACGAAACUACAACGAUGCUCAUCGUCAUGGCAGAGUCGUCAUUGAGCAGACGAAUGGGCAAAUCAAAAUGAAAUUCCCAUGUCUGCGAAAGGGGUUACGUGUGGCCCCCGAAAAAGCCUGCAAAGUCAUCGUUGCCUGUGCCGUCCUUUUCAACAUCUCCAAGAUACUCAACGAGCCGUAUCUGGGACGACAGAGGCAACUUGAGAUUAUUGACAUCGCAGACAACGAUGACCAAGGCCCAGACGUCCACCUUGGAAACGCCGCAAGAGCUAGGAUGGUUAACACUUUCUUUUAGUAAUGAUUGGUAUUGGCAUUUUUAUCCAUAUAUGUAUAGUCCCCAUUUUAAUUAUUGGGUCGUAGAAAGAGUAUUACGGCAGUUUAUAUCUUUCUUUGCAAUGACCUUUUAUUCAUGUAAGAGACGAAGACAUGCACGUGUGGUGAUGUGUUCGUUUGAAUUUAGUGUGGGGUGACGGAAGUGCGCGAAAUACUAUAAUAUUCAGUGUAAGAAGUUGCAAGAGAAAAAUGAAAAGAAAACACCCUUGUUGCACAAAUUCAAACUUUCAAUAAAUGUUUAUGAUUUAUUAAUAGAUUGGUCCAUUUUACAACCGUUUUGAAAUCCUUCCCAAUAGAGUGCACACACACGCUAUAGAUUAUACCAAUAUUCAUACCUACACCGUAUAAUAAACCCACACAACUGGCCACGUAAAGAUUAUUUUCAACUGCACAAUACUAUUAAACAAAAUAAUAAAAGGCCUGAAAGUUGCAGAGUCUCAGGAUAAAUGUGGAUGCCCUUACCAUUAACGGUGGAAUAACAUUUAUAAAGCAGGUUCAUUUGUAACAGUUUUUUUUUUCACUUUUGUGGUAUUUAAAGGCAACCUUUCUUGAAAUCGGUUUCACCUUUAAAAAUUAAAAUCUUUUAAAAAUCUUUUUAAAGGCAGUGGACACUAUUGGUCAUUACUAAAAAUAAUUG